UCAACAUCAGCCCCAAACAACAGCGUGUACCCCACCUGUAUUUGUAUAUCUCCAGACUUUGAUCAUUCGCGCAUUUGGACGUGGUUGGAACUGAACUAGCUUCACGUACUGUUGUAAGGCACAUCGCCCGCCAGUCGCUUAUGUCGACCAUCGCAGCACCGCCGCGUCUGAACGGCAACAGCGUAGUACCCGCAGAGGUGCUCCGUGAGGCCGAUUUUCUCCAGAAGAUCUUGCAGAUACGCGAUGAAGUGCUUGCUAGCAAACACCCGCGUAUCCAUCUUCCAUCCAAAGUAAUUGAACAGGUCGCACCGCGUCUCCCGCAGACGACGCUGCCGAACAGGCCCACGACCAACGGCGCUUCAAAUGGCAUUCACGCCUCGCAACUGCUCCCUCCGCGACCGGAGAGUUCGCGUCAGCAGUACGCGUCAGCCAACGAGCUUGUUUCUCCUGUCCCCCCUACACAACGACCCUACUCAGCCAAAUCCGUCUCAUCGAGCAUCGACCCGGUGCUGCUCACCAAGUCUGAUCACCUGAUCAGGGCAGAGCUGCAGCUCAAGCGGCAGCAAAUAGAACGCCUUUUAAAGGAUCAGUUUGAUAAAAAGGGUCGUGGCAAUGACUUGGAAGAGCGAGAAACACACGUUGAUGUGGAGAAGUGUCUGAUCGAAGCUCAGAUACGGAUUCCGCCUGUGUCUGGGUUGCAGUCUACGACUAACAACAGCGACGGCGUGGAGUCUUUUGAUGAAAACUCGUACUAUUCUAGCAAAGCAGACAGUUGGUCUUCAGAGGAGAUUGAUCCUAAACAGAAUGCCAAUGCUGAUCCUGCAGGUCCGUUUACUCCGCAGGCAAAGCGAUCUGGCAUUCAAGUAGCUGCUCAGUCUCGUCCAGUCGAGCCUACAGUCAUCGAUCUUGAUGAAGAACUGUAUGAGCCUGCCGAUGACAUAGAAAUAUAUGAGCCUGAGCCGUCAGGGCUGCUAGAGACGGAGGAGGAAGACUACUCGCCUCCUCCUGCCGAUGUCGGUCCAAGUGAAACCAACAGAGGACGGGCGCGAGACCGUGGCAAUCAGCGCAAUGGUGGGACUAACGGAUCAUCUCGUCAACAAAGCCCCGUGGGUCCAGCAGCGCCUCUCAAUAAUCCUCGCAAACGCAGAAGAGAAGAAAAGCGGCGCCAGCAGCAAGCGAAUAAGCGGGUAGCCCGUUCUCCCGAACCGUACAUCAAAGAGGAGCCACCGUCACCUCCCCAUUUCCCGGCUUACGCUGAUGCUCCAGCUAGCAAGCGGCGCGCAUUGCAACCACUACCCAAUGAUAUUGAGGUUGUGACUCCACAAGAGAGCGCUAGGAUGCAGCCAGUCUAUUACAGAGAACCGGCAUCAGCACCGCGACCUUAUCGUGAUUACGAAGAGUUGUCGUCGCCCACGGUUAUACGGGUACCACAACGUCGACCACAGCGCGACGAUGACCUUCGGCGUGUUGCAAGCCUCCAACAUGCUCGCAUGCCAUACUCUCCCGUUGGCGGUGGCGACGUCUAUGCAGCACCCGAACCUCGUCCGAUACGUGCAGCAUCACAUGCUUUCGUGGAUCGGCCUGAGCAACCCGUUUACCGCGAGGCUUCAGUACGUCCCUCAGCGGCACCGCGAUAUAUGCAUGAACGUUCUCGCUCGCCAAUCCACGAGUACCUUCCGCAACAACAAUCUCCCAUGAUCAUGGCCCCGCCGCCGCGCCGUAUAGUAGUCGAUCAGUAUGGCAACAAAUACUAUGCAGCACCAGUUGACGCCAGGGAAUCAGCUGCACCGCCUAGCAGGCGGAUGGAGGUUGAUCCUUUCUACGAGCGCGCGGUAACGCGAGAGCCCACAAUGCGUGCGCCAGCUCGCACAGAGAUGUAUGAGGAGGACGUGCAGAUGAUGCCUCCUCCGCCGCCUCGGCGAUAUGUGGAGGCUUCGGAGCCCGAGAUGAUCGACAGUCGACUCUAUCGCCCACGAGAAGCAUCCCGUCGCCCGGUAGAGAUGGAGUAUCGUCCACAAGAAGUGAUUGAGCGGCGUUCUGUUUCACAGUAUGAGGAGAUGGGCCCUCCGCGUGAGUAUAUGUCGUCGAGAGCAUACAGUGUGCGUCCGGAGGUUAUUCGUCGAGAAGUGCCCGAGGGAUAUGUUCGCCAUGAGAGCGUGCAACCGGGCCUUGUCCGUGCUUCUCAGCCUCAUUACCGCGAGGUUAGCAUUGUGCACCAGGAGCCCUUUGAUGAUCGUCGCUUCAUGUAUAGUGCGCCGGCGCCGCAGGGUAGACGAUACGUUGAAGAUGGAGAUGUUGUACAAGAGCAGUAUGCGGCGCCACCACGCCAACGGUAUUAGUGGGGGUGGUCUUGUUGAGGAGUUGGUAUUAUUAAAAAAGGUUGUUUCUCAGGAUUGCCUGUUCAGAAGACGUGCGUUUCGCGUACAUGGUUGUAAUAACCUGGAGUGUAGAACACCUUGUAGAAUUACUUGGCUUGCAUAGUUGUCGUAUUCAUCACACUUGGUUAGUGUAGUUGUGGAACAUUUGUAUCAAUCAAUCACGUGUAACGUG